AGGCGGUGGGAGGCCACGAUGAAGUUCGAGAACAUUUUGGCCGACAUUAAUGGAUUUGGAAGAUUUCAAAAAAUGAUCCUUGUGAUCAGUUUCAUCGGCCGCUUCACAUUGCCGUGCCACUUUGUGCUUAACAACUUCAUAGGGGCUGUUCCUUCUCACCACUGCGACAUCAGCUCUCUGGAUCAAGUUUUCUUUUUAAGCAAUUUGUCGGAGGCCGAAAGGCUUUCGGUGAGCAUUCCGCUCAAGGAGGACGGGAGCCUGAACUCCUGUCAGAUGUUUGCAGAGCCUCAGUAUCAUCUGCUGCUCAACUCCUCCGGCGCCGCUGAUGCGCCCACAGUGCCGUGCCAGAAUGGCUGGGUGUACGACAACACCACCUUCAAGUCUACUCUGACCUCACAGUGGGACCUGGUGUGUGACAGCAGAGGGAAAAACAAAGCAACUGCUUCCAUCUUCUUUGUCGGAGUGAUGUUUGGAGCCAUAACCUUUGGAAGUCUGAGUGACAGGUUCGGCCGAAGGAUCAUGCUGCUGGUGUCCUACGUGUCUGGAAUGCUCACCGCCGUUGCGAGUGCCUUCUCUACGUCCUACGUGAUGUUCGCUGUGCUGAGGUUUUUCACCGGGUUUUGCAUCACCGGCAUCGUCAUUGUCUCGACAGUCCUCAAUGUGGAAUGGGUGGACAUCGAGCACAGGAAACUGGUGGGAGUCAUCGACAGCUUAUCCUGGACAUUCGGGAGCGCAGCUUUGGCAGCUAUUGCUUAUUUUGUGACCGAUUGGCGGUGGCUAAUAGUUAGUGUCACCUCACCUUUGACCUUGGCCAUUAUCACAUGGAGGUGGAUGCCAGAGUCGGCGAGGUGGCUCAUUGCCAAUGGAAAGCUGGAGCAAGCUCAGAUGUAUUUGAAAGAAUGUGCCAAAAUGAAUGGGACAACAGAGCUAAUUGACACCUUUAAAACAGAGACACUAUCGACUGCUGUUGUGAAUGAGAAAAGAGCUCGGCCUUAUUCGUACUCUGAUCUGAUACGAACACCCAACAUGAGGAAACUCGCACUACGUACUGGAAUCGUGUGGUUUUGUGUGGCAAGCGCAUUUUAUGGCAUCAGCUUCAACAUCACCGGCUUUGGGCUCAAUAUCUACCUCACUCAGCUUACAUAUGGCUUAAUUGAGCUCCCGGCCAAAGUAUCUGUUUACUACUUACUGGAUAAGAUCGGAAGAAGAAGAACUGAGGUGGGAGCUCUGCUGAUGGUUGGCAUCUGUCUUGGAAUCAAUAUUGUAAUACCUAAUGGCAUGUCUACUAUCAGAACAGUGGUGGCAAUCAUUGGAAAGGGGUUUUCUGCAGCCUCCUUUGCAACUAUUGUGCUCUACAGCUCAGAGCUCUAUCCCACUGUAAUAAGACAGAACGGCAUGGGUUACAACUCCUUCUUGGCUCGGAUUGGUGUAGCAGUGGCUCCAUUGAUUCUCUUGCUGGAUGAGGUGUGGAAGGACCUGCCUCAGGUGGUCCUGUGCUUUCUAGCUUUACUGGGGGCCACAGUGGCCAGUAUGCUACCAGAGACACGCGACAGGUGCCUGCCAGAGACCAUAGAGGAUAUAGAACGGCAGUGAUGGGGAAUUCUGUCCCUGGUGUCAGAGCAUUCAAGCGGUUAUUUUUUAUUUUUUUAAAGGCGACGUGACAUUACUUGUGUCCUACAUACAACUUUCUGGUUAUACUCAACAUAGAAAUCCAUUUGGUUUUCUACUAAUACAGGGUCAUCUAAUGUAAAUCUAUGGCGGUGUGUACUCCUUUAACAGUUACUGUAAAUUUGAAAGGCAGUGGCUUCCAACCUUUCUUUGCCCAUGUUCCUUCAUAACCAUGUUUCGCUUCACAAGUGACUUACGAGUUAAAAUGACUUUGUCAGAUGUUGUUUUUCUCUGAAAAAUUUAAAGUGCAUGUGUUUUAAAAAUGCAAGUUUUGGGAAAAUUAAAGCGCUUUUUCCAGGCA